CAUUGUUCCCACAUCAUCACUAUGCCCAUCCUUCUAUUGCAUGCGCUUUUCGAAAGAGAUGAACUUAGAGGGGGACAGAGGCCAGUCAGUGAUUUGUGGCAAUGGGAAACUUAGACAGUGGCUGAUCGAUCAGAUUGACAGCUGCCUCUAUCCCGGACUGGUUUGGGAGAAUGAAGAGAAAAGCGUUUUCAGGAUUCCAUGGAAACAUGCGGGCAAACAGGAUUACAAUCGAGACGAGGAUGCUGCACUCUUCAAGGCCUGGGCAUUGUUCAAAGGGAAACACAGGGAAGGAGUGGACAAACCAGAUCCCCCCACAUGGAAGACCAGACUGCGAUGUGCUCUGAACAAAAGUAAUGACUUUGAUGAGCUGGUGGAGCGAAGCCAACUGGACAUAUCAGAUCCUUACAAAGUCUACAGAAUCAUACCGGAGGGAGCUAAGAAAGGGAUCAAGAUGGCAGAGACAACCUCACACAUGAGCUCAGUCAACAGCUACCCCAUGCACUCUCUGUACCCAUCUCUACAGAGCCAGGUGUCUGGUGGAUUCAUGAUUCCUCAGGAGAGGAAAGAGUGGAGGGAGUACAGCCACACACUGGACCAGCCUCAGCCUCAGUCUCAGCCACCCCACACUGAGCUGCAGUACAGCCAGUGCCACUACCCUCAGCCACUCAGCCGACCCUGGCACACCGGGCCACACACAGAUAACGGUUAUCAGUUCACUGGCUCCUUCUGUUCCUACUCCUCCUCAGAGUCUCACCCCACAUCAUUUACAAUGGACCACAACAUGUCUACCCUUUCUGAUUUCCGACUGCAUGUAUCCCUGUUCUACCGUGAGUCUCUGGUCAAGAAGGUAACCACCUCUAGUCCUGAAGGCUGCCGGAUCACCUCUUCCUCCUCCUCAUCUUCCUCCUCCUCAUCUUCCUCUCCGUCCUCCCCCUGCCCUGAGGACAGGCUGUACAGCGGUGCAGAGACAGUGCUGUUUCCCUCCCCUUACCCCCAGUCUCAGAGGAGGGGGGCGGAGAAGCUACCCAACGUCCUGGAGAGGGGUGUGCUCCUGUGGAUGGCGUCAGAUGGGCUCUAUGCCAAGCGGCUGUGCCAGAGUCGUGUGUACUGGGAAGGCCCGCUGGCACCCUACACGGACAAACCCAACAAACUGGAGAAAGAACAGACCUGCAAGCUGUUUGACACUCAGCAGUUCCUCACUGAGCUGCAGUCGUAUGCCCACAAUGGCCGUCCCAUGCCCAGGCACCAGGUGGUGCUGUGUUUUGGAGACGAGUACCCGGACCCUCUGCGCCAGGCCAAGAUGAUCACAGCACAGGUGGAGCCCAUGUUUGUCAGGGACCUGUUAUACUUCAGCCAGCAGAGCAGCAGUCACUGCCUGAGGGACUACGAGCUCCAGGGACACACAGAGAGCUCCCCUCCGGCUCCAGGAGUCUACCAGAGGACCCUGCAACAGAGCUCCCCUCUAGCUCCAGGAGACUACCAGAGGACCCUGCAACAGAGCUCCCCUUUAGCUCCAGGAGACUACCAGAGGACCCUGCAACAGAGCUCCCCUUUAGCUCCAGGAGACUACCAGAGGACCCUGCAACACAUGCAGGAGUAACACACAAACAGGCCCCAGGAGCCAUGGAUAUGAAUGUAGAUAGACCAAUGAACUUUACAUCACAUCUUCUGAAUAGUAUACAGUAUACUCAGGUCUUGGACUAAAAUGCCUUACUGUAAUUUCAACGUAAGACUGGACUGUGCCUCCAUCAUCAGUGUCAAGAAUUUGAGCCAAAGAUCAGUGUUAAAAAUGGGUGCGCUGAAAGAAUCUACCCUAAUUUGUACAGCCUUACAAUUAUUUUUGUAAUCAACAAUUUUUUAGUUUUUCUAUUAAAUGAUAUGAAAAAGUGAA